UACCAACUCGCGGAAGACCGACGCGAGGAGAGCCGGGGGCAACAAAAGGGCCGGAACGGAGCGUGGCUGCUGCUGCUGCUCUGCUCCCACGGCGCUAGCUAGCUAUUAGCUUUUCGUCCUAGGCACGCAAGGUGUCGCCGCAACUGCCGGGUCCUGAGGCCUGACCCCACUGUGUAGCUUGACUAGACAAGAGUAGAGUGCCUGCGUACUGCAGUAGUCCAUCGCAUCCGUGUGGCGUGACUCUCUUCCUUCCUCUCGCGCUAGCCACGACGCCACGCAGCAAAAGCAAAUCCGACCGACCGCCUCCUACUCCUCGCCUACUAGUAGUAGUAGUACUAAACCCCUUUGCUUCCUUCCCGGUUUCAGCGGCACCAGACCAGGACGAAGGAGGAGCAGGUGCUAUUUCGUGUGGGUUUGAUUAAACGAUGGUUCUAAAGAAGCUGCUUAAGCUGUUUGGUGUAGGCAAGAAGAAGGAUCCCAAGAAGAAAGGCAAGUCCAUCGACCCUCUUUGGCAAGGUGCUGUUCCACACUCCACUGUAAACGGUCUUUUGGAUCCCUGCUCAAGUGGGGCUGGUACUGUGCUAUCACUGCAAAAACUUGAUCCUGAAUGUUCAAGUAUUAUCUUAUCAACGAUAAACGCAUCACAUGGAUCUGAAAAUGAUGAUUACAAGUUAUUUAAUCAAUUUGACGUUGUUCAAGAUUUUUCGGACCACCACUAUGCAAAGACUUCACCAGGGAAGACCACCAAAGAUUGGGUGAAAGCAAUCCAAAAUGAAUGGAAGCUUCUACAGAGAGAUCUACCUGAAUCUAUAUAUGUUAGAGUUCAUGAGGAUAGGAUUGAUCUGCUCAGAGCUGCUAUUAUUGGACCUUCUGGAACUCCAUAUCAUGACGGUCUGUUCUUCUUUGACAUCCGUUUCCCUCCUGAAUACCCGCGAUGUCCACCUAAAGUUCACUACCAUUCAGGUGGACUUCGGCUAAAUCCAAACCUGUACGAAAGUGGAAAAGUUUGCCUUAGCCUGCUGAACACUUGGUGGGGUACUGGAUGUGAGAAGUGGGGCAAGUCAAACUCCACCAUACUGCAGGUGUUGGUUUCCAUCCAGGGCCUUGUGCUGAACGAUAAACCAUACUUCAAUGAGCCAGGCAACAAAAGCUCGGCUAAUACGCCUCUUGGUGAAAAGAAUUCCAUGGCUUAUAAUCAGACUACUUUUGUAUUAUCAUGCAGAACAAUGUUGUAUUCACUUCGGAAGCCUCCAAAGCAUUUUGAGACCCUUGUUGUGCGCCAUUUCCAUGAGCGUGAGCGUGCCAUUCUGGAUGCUUGUGAUGCAUACUCGUCUGGCAUGGUCGUUGGAUCAUUGGUCAGGGAUGGUGUGAGAUACCCCUGCGACAAGUGCUUUGCAGGUUUUAAGAAGUCCCUGGAUGCACACACUGAGCAUCUCGCAAAGGAGUUGGCCACGAACAGAGCUCGUGCUCUGGAACUGAAGAGAGACGCACCAGCUGCAGACGAAAUUGUGUCUACCAGCUAGGAUUCUUUUCUGCCUGAAACACCUGAAGGUUGCAAAAUUCACCUGCUUAAAGUCAGAAGCAAGAGGUUGUGUGCACUGUAGGCUUGGUGGUAUAAGAAUAUAAGAACUGGCUGUAGUUAAGCACUUGCCGUUCGUUAGCCAUUUCUGGUGUGUCUACCUACCUUAUGGUUUUAUGCAUGUGACUUGAACAUGCUUGGCGUAUGACAUGUUGGUAGAACCUGCCUGUAUGGAGAUGGCAAUAGGGCAUGUGGCACCUUGAUGAGGAACACAAAUUGAUGUUGCUACUCAAGACAGUGUUUGGUAUCUGAACCUGAUUAAUCAGAGCAAAUUGCCAAAAAA